AUGUAUUCCUUAACUUCAUUAUGUAUUUUUACUAUUUUCCUAACUUCGGGAACAUUCCAAGAAAUCUAUGAAACCGAUGUGAACUUCAGAGUAGAAGCGGGUACUAGGACUUGCUUCUUCGAGAAGGGCAAGGCUGGGCAGAUAAUGGAAUUCUUCUAUCAGGUCAUAGACGGGCAACACGGUACUUUGGAUAUAUCAGUGGAGGUCAUUGACCCCGAAGGAAAUAAACUGGUGUCGGAUUACAAGAAAUCUGAAAACUCAAUAAUAAUGGAUUUGGAACACGACGGAGAUUACGUUUUCUGUCUCGAUAAUACCUACAGUAUCAUGAAUUCAAAGUUAGUUUUCGUGUACGUUGUUGUUGAAGACAGGAAAGAUGGUGAGACUGACGUAGCUGUUGUUAAUGAUGAUGAUGAGGAAGAAAUUGUGGAGUGGCUGGGACAAGACAAAGACGGCUCAAACUAUACCAUCGAGGUGUCCAAAAUAAAUGAAGCUCUAAUACGCACGUUAAGCCACGUAGUCAAAGCUCGACAUAUGUUAGACAUGUACAGUGCUAGCAAGUCUCGAGACAGUUACUUGGCUUUAGAAGACACCUUCAUAGUUGAUUGCUGGUCUGGUUUACAAAUAACUCUCAUGUCAAGUGUUGGAUUCUUGCAGGUUUAUAUGAUAAAGAAGUUAUUUGACCGACCCAAUACACACAUUUGA